AUGCCCAGAGUACUCCACACGCAUCGCUUUCCUCCUAAUCUUGAAAAACCCAGACACGCACAAAUUCGAUUCGCUUGCCGCUCCUCCACACCCCCCGUCUCGUCUCCCAAACUUCAGCCUGCAACUACUCUCUCCACCUCCUCCAGCUUCCUAGUCCUGCUUUUGUUCUCGGUCUCUGCUCGCCUUGCUUCGCGAGGGAGGGGAGGGGCGAUGGUGGGGUCGCCGACGAAGCGGCGGGCGAUGAGGAGGCCGCUGGAGAAGGCCGGGAUGGUGGGGCUCGCCGUCGUGGCCACGGCGACCGCCGCGCUGCUGCUGCUGCUCGUAUGCACCGCGUCGCUACGAUACUCUGCCGCCGUCGACUACGCGCUCGCGGCGCCCAGGAAGCUCUGGAGCGGCGGGGUCUCCAUCGCGGCCGAGGAGUCGCCGUCGGCGGAGACGCCGAAGAGGGGUGCGGCGCCGUUGGCGGCAGAGGCGGAGGAGUGCGACCUGUUCGACGGGAGUUGGGUGUGGGACGACAGCUACCCGCUCUACGACUCCAAGGACCACCCCUUCUUGGACGGCGGGUUCCGGUGCUCCGAAAACGGCCGGCCGGACGCGUCCUAUGUCAAAUGGCGGUGGCAGCCGUCGCGCUGCGAUCUUCCGAGAUUUGAUGCCAAAUUUAUGCUCGAGAAGCUACGGAAUAGAAGAGUAGUAUUCAUUGGUGAUUCAAUUGGAAGGAACCAAUGGGAGUCUCUGCUUUGUAUGCUCUCUAGUGCUAUUCCCAACAAGAAGUUCAUUUAUGAAAUUAAUGAAAGUCCCAUCACAAAGCACACGGGUUUCUUGAUUUUCAAGUUUAGCGACUACAAUUGCACUGUGGAGUAUUACAGAUCUCCUUUUAUAGUCCUUCAAGGCCGUGCACCAGCUGGAGCCCCUAAGGUUGUUAAGUACACAAUUAAGGUGGAUGCCAUGGAUUGGAUGUCAGACCGUGGUAAGUGGAGCAAUGCUGAUAUUUUGAUCUUUAACACCGGGCAUUGGUGGAACUACGAGAAAACGAUUAAAGGGGGCGCCUAUUUUCAAGAAGGCAGUAAGGUGAAGAUGAAGAUGACUGUUAUUGAUGCGUACCAAAAAUCAAUACAAACACUCUUCAAUUGGGUUCACAAAAAAGUUAACACAAGCAAGACCCAGGUCAUCUUCCGUACUUAUGCUCCUGUGCACUUCAGAGGUGGCGACUGGAAGAGUGGAGGGAGUUGCCACUUGGAAACUCUUCCUGAUGCGACACCGUUUAAAUCACUGGAGCAAUGGGCUGACAAGCUUGAGCCUGUCCAUAAUGUUCUUGGGAGCAGCACAAGACCCAAGCUGCCUGGGUUAACUAUACUGAACGUGACACAAAUGACGGCGCAGCAAAAAGAUGGUCACCUGUCAGUGUACAUCAGCCCUUCGGGGCCUGUCCCCCUACGCAGACAGGAUUGCAGCCAUUGGUGCUUGCCUGGAGUUCCUGAUACCUGGAACGAGCUUGUGUAUGCCGUCUUCAUGAAAAGGCAAACGAUGAUGGACCAAAAUGUUUCUCUUGCUGCUUCAAGAACGUUGAACACAAGCUGA